GAGCCGAAUGAAACCUGACAUGACGUCCCUCUGCUCCAAACUGGCCGCCAUGCGCGUGUUCCCGUGUCCUCUGUGAAAAGACUUUUCACUUGGUGCACUCUGGGAAUUGUAGUUCGGUGCAGCUUUGUUGUCAGCACAUCCAAUAUUUAGGUCACUUGUUUAAACUGACUGACGUUGGUAUCUGGCUAAUCUAACAGUAUUUUCCCAAGACUGCGUGCACGUGUGUGGAUACUCUCCCAGAUGGAGGUAGAGCGUAUCCUUCACUUAACCUUGGAACUCUUUCAUAACACGCCAAAUGAUGCUUUUUGCCUCGGGUCAAGGAAACGACCAUCGUGUUAUUGUUAAUUUGCCGGCACAUGUGAUGUCAAGGUGCCAGAAGAGGAGGUUAGAGGAGAGGGAAAAACCAGAGAGCAGGAAAUGCAAAAAUGAGAGGAAGGAAAGAGGAAUGAACUCAUCCUCUACCUUCCUUUGUCCUUCCAGCUCUAAGGUUACCAAGGGAGGAAGUUUCACAUGCUUCCUUUGCAUCCGUCAAUUCGUUCCAUCAAGGCUUCAACAGCGACAUCCAUCUACUCCACUUUCUCCCACCCCCCCCAUCAAGAGCAUGUGCAUUAGAGACAUGAGAGAGGGAAAGAGAGAGGAGGCUGGGUGGGCUGUAAAUUAUAGCUACUCCAUCCUUUUCUUAUCACUACAUUUGCGAUAGUUUUAUCGCAGAAGAUAACAUUAUGCAGAUGAGCCCUCUAAGACAGUAGUUCUCAAAGCAGCUCCAAUCUAACUUGGAGUGGAGAAAUAUGUGGACCAUCGUGGGGUCCCUGAAGACCAGUUUGAGAACUGCUUCUGUAAGAAAAAGAAGACUCGAAACCAUGAUGUAUCACCUACUGCAGUGGCGGAAAAGUCUCUCGAGUGAGAUUUUCUGGUUAACCCCCUUCUGUUGACAUGUUUUGAGGGUGGGAGGAACUUUUUGAAGAAGUAUAACUGCGUUGGGGAUGAUUUUUUUGGGGCAGGCUGUUUUUAACUUUUUAUAUUUUUUAUAGCUAGUAUGCGCAGAAGAAAGGACGAGCUAACAUGACUGCUAGAAAGUAUCUGUAGUAACUGCAAAUCUAAUCACAAUGCAGUGAACGACGGAAGCAAUUUGUCAGAUAGGAGGACAACAAGCUUAAAGCUGAAGUUAAAGCAAGGUAGCUCGCUAUCUAGACACCUCAGCUUGGCUCUUUUGAAAGAGUAAAUUUGUACCUGAUAUUCAUUUUGCGCUCAGUAGUUUGCUUUAUCGUUUACGAUUUUCUUCAACGACGGAGCUAAAUAAUGGGCACUGAUGCUAGCUUAAGCUAAUGCUAGCUUGGUGGUAUUUAUUAGCCUAUAGAUCAGUGGCCACGCUAGCAGUCAUGAUUGGUUGACACCACGAAGAUUCCAAAUGGUUGUAUGAAGAAUUUGCCAGCUGUUGUACGUUGUUAAAUGAAAACAGAAAAACGUGAAUGCUGUCAAAUCGAUGAGUGUGAGGCAUAUAAUGCUGUCCUACUUAAUAAAGUGCGUCUUCAAGUUAAAUCAGGGGUUCGCCAGUGUAUUUUAAUAUAUUGCAAGGUAUAUCGCAGUCAUUGUUUCAAAAUAAAAUCGCAAUAUGUAGGAGCAGUUUGCCUGUGUUGUGCAGCCUUAUUAUAAAUGCAUAAAUGACAGCCGCUGUAAGGAGACAGCGAGAGAGGGAAAAGGGGGGAGGAGAGAGAGGCAGGGAGGUGGAAACAGGAAUCGGCAGCGGCAUCAGCGUGUGAAUGUGCACAGGGAGAGGGGUAGAGAGAGAGAGAGAGAGAGAGACACGGCGCUAGACAGGGAGGCGUAGAGUACAGAGGACAGUUGGCUGCACCGCUCGCUCCUCAAAUGCAGACGGAGGUGGAGAGAAGAGGAGGAUGAGAGAGAGCGCGGGGGCAGGAGAGGAGAACAAAGGCAGAUCGCCCGGGCCAUUCGUCCCAGUGUUCCAGAGGACAGAGAGGGAAGAGCAGGGAUCCGCACGUGAACGAGAGAGGAAGCAGAGCCCGACCAUGACUUUGUAAUUUUAUCCAGUCAAUGGAUAAAAGCGAGACCACGUUUUUCCUCUCCAAGGGAGGGGACUGAGCGAGAGAUCGAGGAAGAGAGAGAGAGCGGGAGAGAGAGAGAGAGAGAUGGAGCGAGACGAGGACCUUAACGGCACCGUUCAAAUUUAAUACUAAUAUGAACAGAUGAUCUUUUUACCACGUUGCUGAAGAUAAUCAUGCAGUCUUUUUAUAUUUAUGUCUUUGUUUUGAUUGACAGACUGAUGGAUUGACAUUUUGCCUUUACUUUUUUUCUCAACCAUCAGCAGUGAUUAGAACUAAAGUGAGAGAGAAAACACAGAUGUCAGAUGUUCUUUGCCACAUUUCUUUUUUUUUUUUCUGUUAGUUUCUGACCAGGAAUCACACUGAGUUUUUAUAGUUGUAUAUGCAGAAAACAAUCAGGUUCCUCAUAUGCAAAACUUUGUGUGUUAAUUAAUGAAAUUUGUUCAAAGAGACUUUCUUUGGCGUUGCGAUUAGGCUGGGUGCUCUUGGCAGAAGUCCUUUUUUCAAAUGAUUUGUUUUUAUCCGGAAGCGUGCAUGUGUAUCUGCAGGGUCUUGAGCAAUAUUUGAUUUCCUCAUUGGCCUGGUGCGAUAACAGUGCUUUGUAUAGGAGUGAAUCUUCGUCUCUUUCCUUCUGUACAGUAACGCUGUCUGACGCUGUCCGCGUCAAGAUGUCAACAUUGAUUAGCUUUAUGGCAGCGGAGGCGACAGCAGAACUUUGCUGUCUCGUGGCGGCAUGUUCAGCAGACUAUUGAUCCUGAGCAAGACUCUCACUGAGCCUUCGUUCCAUUAACAAGUCAAAGUCUCUCAGCCCAUUCUGAUUGGCCAAGAGUAGAGCCGACAGGUUUUGUGUCGGUGGAACUCGUUGCCUUUUGUUUGGGUUCCUUCAAGAUUCCGUCUGGCAGGAUUCUGCUCCGCAGUCUAUCGCCAUGGCAACAACCUGGCUACCACGAAGUUCUACUUUUUUUCUACGUUUCGUAACUUGCCAUGAACUGAACUUUCGAGGUCGCUCUCCCUUCGCACAACUUAGGUAAGAGCCUUCAAGCCAAGCCGGGUUUCAAGGUGCUCUUUUUCUUUCUCUUUUUUUCUGUCCAUGAUCUUUAUAUGUUUUGUACAGGUAACCAGUUCACAUCUGUGGCAAUUAAGGACUAAACUGACCAAGUCAGCACAACUUGUUCACCGUCAGGACUUACUUUCACGUCAUCUGUCCCACCGGAUCGUGUAUCGUCCACACAGAAAUGUCUAAAAUGUCUUUUUGUCUGAGAUAGUCGCAUACAGAUUCUGUGAUGUGUGCAUGUAUGCGAGGAAGAUUGUGUAGUUAAACUCAGGGUUUGCCUCCUCUGUGGAGUGCCAGCCAUACCGUGCUAUUUUUCAUGUCACAGCAAACAUUCUAGCAGAGGUUUGUGAAGACUAACAAACCUGGCUGCUUAUUAACUGCACGUCCACAGGCCUGAAACGGGCCUGUAAACUGCUUGUUUGCCAGUGAUCCCAUCCAACAGUUUUUUUCCGUCCGUAAUUCUGGAACUUUUUCACUUGCGUUCUUUGAGUAACACUUUAUACGGAUACUUGUUACCUCUUACUUGCCUUUUGGUUUGACAGCAUGUAUACUGGAACUUCAUGUUCAUAGUCAAACGGCAGCCACAGUGAGCUUAUUAACUCACACGCCAUCCUGGAACGAACCGUCCUAUCCAAACAGGGAUUCUGCCAUAUUCUCGAUGAACAGGUGCUACAUCUGAGCUGUCACGGUUUGACUCCGCUCAAGGCUUGGUUCGCCGUACUGUUACUAAAUGUUUUUUUUGUAAUGUUCUCAUUGGGUUUUCUACCCCUUUUGCACUGUUAUUUCCCGAACACUGUGCUCUAUGUGUGCCAUGAUGCAUCAGUCGCAACUCUGAGAACUGUUUGUCGCUGAUGUUUGAAUGCCGUUUGAUUGCACUUGUCAUUUCUUAAGUGGACGGCAUGCAGGUACAGCUCACGCUCCAGAACUACUUCACUUGUUCAUAUUCUGUGCCAUGUCCUUAUAAUCACUGGUGCAUUUUAUUGAGUCCCCUUAUCUAUUGCACUGACCGGACCUCUUCGGAGCUGCACUGAAAAGACACUACUUAUUAUGGAGCUGUUAAACUUUAUUACACUUCAUAGCAGCUUUUGAGAUCUACCCUAGUGUAAAAGGAUGUACAUCUUGUGUCUUUACAGCAGUGGACGUGAUGGGUCUCUGCUCUGACUGCCUGUCACGCCUGUUAUGACUUUGCUAAUUGGCUUUGCUCUGAGUUUUCCGAGUAUAGCCAUCGGUGCUGUGUUAGAGCAGUCUGAUUAACAUCUCGUUGAUUUAUCUGAUGAUUAAAGCAGCUGCUCAACACUUCUCUGUGCUGACGGAAAAAACAAAUAUGCAGCGGAAGCCUCUGAGGACGAGGGUCGAACGAGUGAGGCUGUUCUCCUGCCAACAGAGUUCCGAAGUGUGGAUAGUGUUACAGUCACUGAAAGUGCUUUGGAGAUUAUGGUAAUGUAUGUGGUUGGAUUUGAUUGUACUGCUAAGACUGUUCUCUUGGAGUGCCGUUCUAGACUGUUCAGAACCGUUCGCAGUUAAAGACUGUUUCUUCUCUGGAUAAAGCUUUGUCAGUGCUCAAGUAGUGGACAUAAGGACUUGCUAAGUCAAGCUGCUUUUAGGGGUAGCUUUUCUCUCAGGAAACUGAUUUAUUAAGACCUGCUUCGUCUGAUGGGACUGUUCCUCGAGUCCAAGGUGUCAUUUAGAGUAAUGAGGUAGUGAUUGAUUUUCCAGUCAGCCUCUAAUGAGCCCCUCUCGUUUGAGAUCUCCGAGGGCGGAACUUCAGACGGAGCCAAUCAGGUCUCAUUAUCGUUAGGCUGACAAGCUGGUGUUUGUCAUUCCCGUGGGAACACAGUCGUUAUAGAGUUGGUCCGUUUAUCACUCUAGAACGUUAUUACAGCGCAUGACACUAUUUGGCCUAGUUCUCAUUGUGCAAGACUAUCUCUGGGCCUCUCUUAUUUGACUUAAAACCAACUAGGCAAGAAGUUCCUCUAAUGGUGCUCAAAGUUAUAUCUUUUCUAUAGGCACAUUUUCACCUUAUUUCUAGACCAUUAACAGAACCGUUUCAGGGCUCAGUUCACCUUUUUUCUAAAUCUACCACAUUUCUAUAUGCAUGUGUACUUACGUUAACAAGCUACCAAUGUAACUUAAGGUUUGUUACAGUUGGACAGUUAGUAUUUGGUUAUUGCCCAGCUGUGGAUUCUUAGUUCCUUUUCUGAAAGAACGCCAAGGAGCGAUCAGGAAAGUGAACUAAGAGGAAGAACGGACAAAGAGGCAGCCUGGAGAACGGGAGAGAAGACGUGGGAGGGGGAGCGGGGGAGAGAGAGAUCAUCUGGAAGAAGAGAGCGAGCGUGAUCGAGAGAGAACAGGAGAGGGAGAGGGAGCGGGAGCGGGAGGAGGAGGAGAGAAGGAACAGGGCCCAGUACACUGUCUGGAGGCUUAGGGAGGGAUUCCAGGAGAGGCGGGAUAGAGAGGGCGAUCGAGGCAAGGGACAGAGCGCCGAAGGAGGGAGGGAAGCUCAGCCGGAGGUGAUUUGGAAGAGGAGGGAGGAGGAGGAGGAGAAAGAGAGGGAGAGGAUACAGCUGGAGGACAGGGGACCCAGAAUCAUUUGGAGGAAGAAAGAAAGGGAGUGAAAGAGAAAGGGAGAAGGCAUGGUUACAGUGCAAGAAAAGGGAAAAAGUCAGCUGAGUGAGUUUGAUCCAGAUCAGACUUGGUGCUUUCUGCGGUCUUGAUCUGGGCCUAUUUUUCCUUUCCGACUGUAUCUGUUCAUGACUAGGACUGCUUGGACUUAUUCAGGCUCUUAAGGUUGCAUCAAGACAAUAUGAUAUGUAUAUAGUACUUUUAACCACGACUAAGUUUAGUCCAUUAAUCUCUUGACCGUAUUUAGUUGUCUGUGUAGUUUUGUGAUCAGGUCCUUCUGAAACAUGUUCUCGUCGCGUGGAGGUUGGUGUUUCAUCGAAUCCUCCCUGAGUAGAGCAGCUCUGUUUUUCGUUAAGUGAUCAGCGUUCACUGGUUCAGUGCUCUCCAUCCAUUUUCUCUCUCUCUUUCCCUCUCCUUUCUAUAUUGAUCUGUCUGUCCGCUGGAAGCCUCUUCUCUUAGUCUCAGCUGCAGCUAAUAGGCUUUUUAUGGGACGCUGUCGGACAAGAACUACUAGAGUGGAGCCCAGCACACGCAAACGGAAACACACACACAAGCUCUAAAUAUCAAAGAUUUCAUUGAGCUUGUCUCUUGGUGACACGAACGUUUUAAGGCAAAUAAUACAUACCGACAAACAGGUACUUAGACGACAAUCAUUCUGAGACUUUGAGUAGAGCAUAUGGUGCUCUGUGAUGAUCUUAUCAUAAGGUGUAAACCACAGUUAUCUCUAUGCAGGCUAAGAUCUGAUGCAAGUAACCUCACACAGCCAUUAACGUACACUGUGUGACAACACGCUAAUGUCAGUGUCUUGAAUUUGACAAGAGACUCUGUCUGUUCCGUUUUCCUUUACACUCUCUCUCACUCUCGCUCUCUCUUCCUCUCUCUCUCUCUCUCUCUCCGCUGUCUCUCAACUUUUUUACUUUCCUCUGAUGUUCAUGAACCGAGCUGUCACUGCACUGUCAUCUCUCCGGUCCAGCGAUGAAGGGAUCAGUAGACGGAGAGAGCCAGAGGACUGGAACAGAAAAGAGAAGACCGGUUUGUGACUUUUUUGAAAGAGACACUUGGAGAGACCAUAAGAGUAUAUAAAGCAUAUUCAUUUCAGCUUGAUGGACACAUCAAAAUGGAGCUCGUCCCCAAAACGAAAUACGCUCCAUUCAGGAGCGACUCUUUUAGCUCGACGGACGAGACGGCCUCCAAUCCGUCUCUCCCUUCCUCUGCUCCUCUCACCCCCCUCACUCCUCCGGGCAUCCCUUCUUCUCUCUCCUCCUCUUCCCUCGCCCCCAUCCUCCCGCCCGUUUCUUCCCCGCGGGCGGUGGAGAACAGCCCCACCACGCUGUGCUCUUUCUUCCCCAGGAUGGGGUCCCUGCGGCUGGGAAUGUCGGCCACUCUGCUGCCCGGUCUGAAGGCCGCAAGCCGGUCCGAGCAGGUCACCGGGGACCGCGAGAUGCAGGAUGCACUUGCCACCUCUUCUGCUCCUGGUCCUCCUCUCCCUUCUCUAACUGCUCCUUCUCCCCCUCCUCGCCCCCCACAGGAUAUGAACCGGCUGGGCGGGGCAUCGCGCAGGGCCCGGGUGGAAGGAGGCCAGCUAGGCGGAGACGAGUGGACGCGCCAUGGCUCCUUCGUCAACAAGCCCACCCGAGGAUGGCUGCACUCAGACAACGUGGUCAGCACCACCGGGGUCUCCUACACUGUCAGGUACAUGGGCUGUGUGGAGGUCCUGCAGUCAAUGAGAGCACUGGACUUCAACACCAGAACUCAGGUUACCAGGGAGGCCAUAUCAGUGGUGUGUGAGGCAGUACCAGGUGCCAAAGGAGCUCAACGCAGGAGGAAGCCCUCUUCUCGUUGUCUCUCCUCUAUCUUAGGAAAGAGUAACCUUCAGUUUGCUGGAAUGACAAUCAGCCUCACUGUGUCGACUAGCAGCCUAAACCUACUGGCAACCGAAUGCAAACAGAUUAUCGCCAACCAUCACAUGCAGUCCAUCUCUUUUGCGUCAGGAGGAGAUCCAGAUACAGCGGAAUAUGUAGCCUACGUAGCCAAAGACCCUGUCAACCAGAGAGCGUGUCACAUCCUGGAGUGUUCAGAGGGCUUGGCUCAGGAGGUGAUCAGUACCAUCGGCCAGGCUUUUGAGCUGCGCUUUAAACAGUAUCUGAAGAACCCACCUAAACUCGUCACCCCCCAUGACAGGAUGGCCCCGUUUGACGGGUCAGCGUGGGAGGAAGAGGAAGAGGACUUGGCCCUACCCCAAGAUGUUCCGUACUAUAAUAACUUCCCCGGGAAACAGCCUCCCCCAGGAGGUCUGGUGGACAUGAGGACACGUCCUGGACACAGCACAGGAGCCACGCUGCCUUAUGGACAGCCUGGAAUGAAUGAUAUCCAUAAGCAGCCUCUGCCUCCACUACCAGUCGGGGUAAAGGAAGGUGGCCUGUUUGACGAUCCCUCCUAUGUUAAUGUGGAUAAACCCCGCCCCCCUUUGGCCUCAGCUAAUGGCAAUGCUCACAGAGAUGCUUUUGACAUGAAGCCAUUUGAUGACGCUCUUGGGGUCUCAGCAACAGUGGUGCCCCCUCUGGCGGAGCAGCUGCAGAAUGAGCCCUGGUUCCAUGGGCCCCUGAGUCGCAAGCAUGCCGAGAGGUUGCUGAGCAAAGACGGAGACUUCUUGGUUCGGGAGUCUGGCACGACGCCGGGCCAGUACGUGCUCACGGGGCAGCAAGGAGGCCAGCCCAAGCACCUGUUGCUGGUGGAUCCAGAAGGAGUGGUGCGUACCAAAGACCACCGCUUCGAGAGCGUCAGUCACCUGAUCAGUUAUCACAUGGACAACCGCUUGCCGAUUGUCUCUGCAGGAAGUGAAGUGUGUCUACAGCAGCCAGUGGAGCGCAGAGCCUAAAGGGGAGAGUCAUGCCCCUUCAAGUGUCUGACACACCCAAUUCUUCUGGCAUUCUGUCUGCAGAAAUUACUCCUUCCUUUCCCUUCUCUGCCACUUUUAACUUGAACUCUUCCAGAGAUCGGCUUUCUUACAGGGAGGGUGAGCAAAUCGUUGCCUCAAAGGAAAAAAAUGGAACACUGAGCUUUGUACUUUGUGGUCAAUCUAUCACGAAACUUUAAAGUGAUGCAAUCAUUGGACUCAAGGACCAACAGUGGGUUCACACCAAUUGAAUCAGGCUUUAAGUAAAUGCAAGAUUCCAAUGGAGAAAAAAAAAGCCAAAAAAAAAGAAAAGCCAACAAAACUGGUGUAGAAUUUAAUGUGACGUCAGCGUUCGUCUACACAUUGUCCUGAGUUAGGACUGAAGUGCAGCUGUUACCACAGCAGCAAGCCUGGGCAUUCUUGGAGUCAUGUUAUAUGACUCAGGUGAACAGAACUGUCCGUGUGUAGCACUCCAAAGAUUGAGACUUUGCAUCCAAUGGCUUGGUAAAUUUUUCUCUGAUCUUGUUCAACCAAGGUUUGAUCCCAGUUAGACAGGCACGAAUGCUGAUUCUUGGGUUUUUGGAUGGGUAAUUGGAACUCCUUCAGCCUCCUUAUUCAACAGAUCGCUCUCCACAGCCUACAGAAUUCCUACUGGCAUACCAUUCGUCUGUCCUAUCGGUUCCUCUAGUGGUCCCUUAUCCAAAGUCCCUUUUGGGAAUAUUAGGAACACUCCCUGAACUUCGCAGCUCUUGAUGUGAAAAGGAAGUUAAUGCCAGGUGAUGUUGCAGAUGGAAUAAACAGAAGCUGAAGUAGCCUCUAUAUAGACUCGUAACAGUUUCCCCAGCCCAGGAGGAGGAACGUGACUAACAGAAACACAACGGACGUCCAUAACCUCGCAGCUCGAAAAGGAUCAGCUGAUCUGAGGAGACCAGAGGGAAAACGACUGUAUAUGGAGUUGCGCCAAGCAUUAUAAUGACUCAAAAAAGGGGAAAAAAAACGAAAUCAGGCUUCUCUAUGAUGUCAUCUAAAAGGGGAAUUUGCGUUCUAUCGUGAUGUCAUCUUCUAGAGCGACCUGAUGUCAUCAACCGGCUUUAUUCUUGUCACAUAUGUUCUCUUACUGUAUAUUUCUGUAUAUUUGUUUUCUUUUUUUUUCUGUGGAUCGUUUUUUCUGUUCGCAUCGACAAUCUUGUCUCCAUGUGUGCUGGAGUCUGGACUGCGUAAGAAGAUGGAAGGGUGCAAUGAUGCUCAUAAAAAUGACAUUAUGUUUGAAUAUAAUGCACACUUCUGAAGCAGAGUAGCAUUAAAAGUCUAUAAAACGUCUAGCGCCUUCGCACUAUAGUCAACUCGUCUGGGAAAGGAACAGACGCUCCAAGUGAAUUCCGGGGAUUGUGGUCACUUCGGGCGAGGUUGCCUACAAUAUGCAGUUUUUACGAACGCCACACGAGAGUGGCGACAGGACACGGAGUUUCUCCUUCCUUUCCUUUUUUUCACGGUUAUAUGUUCCUGUAUGAAUUGUGCCUUUUUACUCAACACAGCCACAUUGGUAGAUCGCAGUAGUCUUGUGUUUUGAAGAAGAAGAAAAAAAAAGAAACGGGGGGAAAAAAAAACUUCUUGCCAAAAAUGCCACUGCAAAAAUACGACACAAGCUUAGUCAGGCUUAGUCCAGGUUUUAGGUGAUGGCAAUCCCUAGUCUUCUUCUUGCACAUGCUCUUAAGCCUGCUGUUCAGUCGUGCUCCUGUUUUAGUGCUGAUCUGUGACUUAAUGAAACUAGAUAGAUAACCAUUCAGAUUGCUAUGAAUCAAGAUGCUCACUUGUGAUGCUGUUUCUAUUUGUAUAGAAACAGCCGACCGACUUAUAAGAAUAUGUACAUAUGCCGUAGAUGUGCACGUAUCAAAAUGUUCAUCAAGUCUGCGACCGUGUCCACAUGGAAGGCCCAUCGUGGCCUGUAUGUUUGGAUGCGGUCAGACAGUUUGGUUAUGAAUGUUGCUGUUGAUUGAGUACAGUCUGUCUUGGUGUUCAGACUUUUGGAAGAAAAUCAUGGAUGAAUUUCUGAUGAUAGUAGUGGGUUUUAUUGUUUUUUUAAUCUUUUUAAAACUUACUUUUUUAAAAGCUUCACCCAAGUCUACCACUCCAACAGACAACUUCAGUAAUUUGUCGCUAUCCCAAAACCUUGUAAAGCCAGUUUUUUUGGUUGUUGUUAUUAUUAUUAUUAUUAUUAUGAUUGUUUUGACACCAUUUGAAAACACCAGCUGCCCUUUGCAUGAACAUUGCAUGAACGUUUAACAGUGAGUUGAUUAGUAGAAAUCAUCCAAAAUGACUCUUACAUUAACAUACAGUAAGAACACUUUGCUGAAAGGCAGCAUUGAUGAGGCUGCAUGACAAUGAAAUAAACCUUUCGUCCCGACUUCAUCAGCUUAGAUAAUAAUUCAUACAUAUUAGAUCCCAGAGUCAAUGACAAAUAAGCCUUUCAACAUAAUUUAUUUAUGUUUCACGUUUUUAAAUUCAGGAUCUAUUUUAUAACCUAGAAAAUGUCAGGUGGUGCAGCCACACAUUUGUUAAUAUUUAUCAUGUUUUAAAGUUAUUAGCACUGAAACUGAAACGUCUUUGUACAUGGACACCCAUAAACAUUUUCAAAUAAAUACACAUUAUUAUAGAUUAUAAUAAAAACACCUGCCCACGGCUUUCUGAACCAGCUGUAAC